AUGAGUAGUCCUGGCAAGGACCACGUGGAAGAUGUUGUGGAAGAAUACUUGCAGAAAGGUAGAGAUGUGCAGAAGAGACUGGAUGAAACCACUGAGCUACAUGAGCAACAGAAAAUCAAUUUAAGACUGAUCAUUGCUGAUUUGGAGACCAAACUGAUGGAAGUAAAACUGGAAAGAGAUGUGCUUCAGGAUACCAGACUAAAAGAAUCUCAGAGCCAAGAGAAUGUAAAAAUAGAACUAAAAAAUACUAUUCAAGAGCUUAAAGUUGCCAACCAGCUGCAGGAGGAGAUGCUGAAGGAGGCUGACAGCGAAACUGAGCAUCUGAAAAAGAUGGUCCACAGCCAGGAGGAGGUACUUCUGGAACUACAUGGCAUCCUAAUGGACUACAAAGACAGCACAGGCAAGAAACAUUAUGAGCAUGAGAAUAUGACUAGCCUCCACAUCCACAGCCUGAGCACAGCAUUUGCUGACAUCUUGCAAGAUUUAGACUCAGAGGUGUCAUACCUCAAAGAAAAGCUUGUCCUGGUGGAAGAAGAACUGGAGUCAUUGAAGAAAGAUUCGCAGACCCAAAGACAACUUCUGCUUCAGCAACAUCAAAAUAGGAUUGAGCAGCUAGUAAGUGAGCAUGAACAGGAGGUGGCAGCACUAGCUGGUAGAGCUCACAGUGCACACCGCUAUGCAAAUAGUACCCAAAGCCAGAUGCAGAUCAUUCAAGAACAAACAAGAAACCAAAAUUCAGUGCAUGCACAUCAAGUUAAACAUCUGGAAUCCACAAUUUCUCAGCUGCGUUCUGAAUUACGAGAAGCUAAGAGGAUGUAUGAAGACAAGGUCGAAGAUCUCGAGAAGCAGUUGCACAUAGCUCAUUCUGAGAUGGCAGAAGGUCAGACAGAACACCAUCAAUGCAGCCAAGAAUCUGUAAAGCUGGAAAACAAGAUUCAUCAAUUGUUGAGUGAACUUCAUAAAAAAGAGAUAGAACUAAACCUAGAAAAAGAGCAAAACAAGCGGUUUUGGGAUCGCAACAUGGACAACAGCAUCACCAUUGACUGUCUAAGGAGAGAACUAGACAACAAAAACAUGCAGUUGCAGCGCAUGGAAAACACAGUGAAGGAAAUGAGGACUGAAUGUUACGGACAAAUGGAGCGCCAGAUGGCUGUAAUUAAGGAAAAAAAUGAAAGCAUUGGAAGAAUCUCCUCUUUGACUGUCCAGCUGGAGUCGACCAAGGAAACACUCCGUAAAGUUAAACAAGAUCUCACAGCCAAAGAGGUGGAUUUGGAGACUGCUGAGAAAACAGUGUCAAAUCUGACAUCCUGUCUGCAGGAGAAGGAGAGUGCCCUUGAGGUUACCAAUAAGGAAAUCAAGAAGCUACAGUCAAAACUUGGCAGUAGGGUGCAGGAGCUCCAGCACCUAAAGAAUGAAGACGACUCUCUACGCACUGUGCAGUCAGAGUGUGAAACACUGAAACUGCAGGUGUUAGAGAAGGAAAGGAUUAUUGAGAUCUUCCAAAAGCAAAUUGAUACCAUGACCCAGAUUGUGGGCCAGCACAGUCGAACUGCUGGAGCAAUGGAAGUUGAGAAAUCUCAGCUUAUAAAAGAAAUAAAUGACUGGAAACUUGAAGUACGAGAACUUAAGAUUGCAAAGGAUGAGAAAGAAGCCGGAAUACAUGAAAUGGAGGCCAGACUGAGCGAGCUGGAACUGGAAAAGGUUAAACUGGUAAACACAUGCAGUGAGAGGCUCCAUGCACUUAAUGAUAUGAAACUGGAAAAAGACCAGCUGAUGAAUGAACUCCAAGCCAGUCAGAGCGAGCUAGCUGGCCUUGCAGAGGGAUUUCAAAAUUUGAAGAGAUAUUACCAGGAUAAAAUCAAGGAGAUGGAAAAUACAGCAAACAGACUGAAAAUGCAGUUGAAGUCUACUCAAGCUGAACUGGAACAGGCCAGGACAGCUCUGAAGACUACGAAGGGAUCUGAUGGCCAUGCUAUGAAAGUUGCAGUGGGAAUGCAGAAGCAGAUCACAGCCAAGAGAGGACAGAUAGAUGCGUUACAGAGCAAGAUUCAAUUCCUGGAAGAGGCAGUGACAAAUGCAGCUAAGGAGAAGCAUUACCUCAGAGAAGAAAAUAGUAAGCUAAGUCGAGAAUUGAGCUGUAUUACAGCAGAAAAUGCCAAGGUUGCUGCGGAACUGGAGAUCCUGAGAUCACAAGACAAACGUCUGAAAGAAAAAAUACCUAAGAUGGAGACAGCCCUUGAUAAGGCAUUGGUGCAAUUUGUGGAAUGUCAGUGCAUAAUCCAGUGUCAGGAGCAAGAAGCUAUGCGCUUCAGACUGCAGCACACUUUGGAUUUAAAAGAGCUGCAGGGCCCCGGAUAUUCCUCAUCUUUUGCUUCAGGCAAGCUGCGAAACACAGUGCCUCUUUCCCACCUGCACUCUGCUGUUGUGCCACCUUCCCUGAACUUGGCCAGCUGUACCCUUCACAUGCCUUCCAAGCCAGGCAUUUUGAAGGAGGAACCACUGCAGGAUCUAAAGAGGAUUCUUCAAGAAUUAACAAGCUCAGACAAUGUCGUUCCCUCUGUGGAUCUUGGCAAGAAAGACAGCAGUGGUGGUGGGAGAAAAUCAACUUUAGCAACCACAAGGAACACAGUGGAGACUGCAGCUAGAGACUCUGCUACUGAAAGCAUCGUGGAAAACGAUACUUUUGUCCGGGAUCCUUCAUGCUUACCUGCUGCAGAUCUUCAGUCCCUCAAUGUUACCCUCCCCUUUACAUCUCCCGGAGGUACAUCCAUCUUGUCAGAAGCGCCUCAUUGCACAUCCUCUCCGAAGAAGGUCUCACAGGAGAGAUACAGAGAAAGGUCUCCAGUCCACUCACUAUUGACUUCUCCACCCGAUGACCUUGCAGCUGGCCCCAGCACCUCACCAGAGCAUAGACCGUCCAUGAGGAGGUGUGGCUCUACAGAGGGUGCAGCUGUAGUGUCCCAGACAUCAAUGAUCAGAACUCAGGAAAUGAAGAUAGAGAAAGCAAAGGAAAAGGAGAAGAAGCUGUCAAAGUGA